AUGGGUGUGCCAGGUUAUUUUGGUUGGAUAUGUAGAAGAUAUCCUUUUUGUAUUCGUAAAAUAUAUUAAAGUGGAAAGAAAAAAUAUGUAGAUUGCCUUUAUAUAGAUGUAAAUAGUUUCUGUUAUUAGUACAUAAAAGAUGAUUUAAACUAGUAUUUAUUAAAUCCAUAGUCUCUAGAUUAAAUAUAUUAAAACAUUCUCACACAUAUUGAGUCAAUAAUACAAUUAAUAGAGCCAUAAUCAUAAGUUUAUUUAAUGAUGGAUGGAACAUGUCCUCGUGCAAAAAUGAAUUAAUAAAGAUAAAGAAGAUUUCAUGCCUAAAAAAAUCUAAACCAAACUAAAGAAGACUUUAAAAAUUAAGGGAUAUAAAUAAAAGAAUAAACAGUUCCAAGUAAUUCUGUUUCACCUGGUACUCCUUUCAUGUUUGAAUUAAAUAAAAGAAUAAGAGAACAUUUUGAAAAAAAAAUACAAGAAGAAUAACCUUUAAAUGAAAAAACAGAUUUUACAUACAAAAGGCUUCAUAUUAUAAUCAGUGAUAGUAAUUGCUAAGGCGAAGGAGAACAUAAAAUACUAGAAGUUAUUAGAAAGCAUAAAAAUUUUAAAUUAACUCAUUGUAUUGUUAGUCCUGAUGCUGAUCUUAUUUUACUCUCUUUAUCUGCUAUAGGUAGAAAAAUAUUGAUUUUGAGAGAAUAAAGACCUAAUUAUAAAAAUAAACAUAAAGAAGAAAAUAAGCAUUAAGAAUAAGAUAAUAAAUAAAAAGAAAAAAAUAACAUAGAAGAAGAAGAAAAAAAAGUUGAAGAUAAUAAUAAAGAAAAAUAAUCCAAUUAUUAAAGAAGACAUAAAAAUAAUCACGAAACAAAAUAUGAUAAUACAGAUAAUAAUAGGCAUCUAACAAACUAAGAAACAAAUAAUGAAAAAAAUUAAGAAAAUAAAGAUAAUAGCGGCGAUGAAAAUAAAUAUAACUUAAAAUAUGAAAUAAUAGACAUUAAUUGUUUAAAAAGAUCACUUUUGAAAAAAUAUAAAGAAACUUUUGAAAGAAAUGAAAUAAUUAAUUUAAUGUAUAACCCAAUGAAAAUUCUAGACGACAUUGUAUUUUUAAGUUUGUUUGCAGGAAAUGACUUUUUACCCAAGUAAAAUUACAUAUAUAUAAAAAAAACAUUCUAUAAAGAAUAACAUAUUUUAGAUAAACUCUUAUGUCUUCAUAAGGAUUAUUUAAAAACAGCCCAAAACUAUUUAAGUGAAAGAGGAAUUAUUUAAUUUUCUAAUAUUUUAAAUUUCUUUUAAAUAGUGGCUAAUCUUGAGCCUCAAUUUGAAUUAAAAAACGACUUUUUAAAAUAAGAAAAUCUUCUUAUAGAAAAAAAUAAGUUGAUUAAAAUAAUAUUAUCGAUAUAUAGUUUCCUGAAGACCAACUUAAAUUAUUAUAAUAACUGUCUAUACAUGAAGAAAAGAUAAUAAAUAACCCAAGUGAUUCAGAAGAAUAGGAAAAAAACAUAAACUAAUAGUCACUUCCUAUCUAAGUUCUAUAAGUCUAAUAAGAAAUAGAAUAAGAAAAAAAUGAAUAAAAAAUAGAUGAAAAAUAACGAAAAGAUUAUUUGUAAGAAAAGCUAAAAGUAAAUUCAUAAAAAGAACUCGAUUUUUUAAUUGAAAAAUAUUUGGAAGGUUUCUAAUUUACAUUAGUUUAUUAUUUCUAAGGAAUACGAAAAUCUUCCUGGACUUAUUAUUAUCCUAAUUAUUAUGCACCUUUUGUUUAAGAUAUAGUAAAUUAUUUAUAAAGAAAUCCAUAUUUUAUUGCAUUUUUUGAAAAAACGGAAAGCUUUACCCCUUUUAAAUAAUUGCUAUGUAUUUUACAUCCAGAAAAUGUAAAUUUACUCCCAUAGUCUUUCUAAAAUUCCUUCUAAAAGUACAUAAAGCCUUUUUGUCCUGACGUUAUUGAAAUAGAUGAAUAUGAAGCUACUAUGGAACAUUAAUAAAUUAUCAAAUUGCCUUUUAUUGAAUAUGAAAGUAUUAGUAAAGCCUAUGAAGAGGGAAUUAACUAAAUUUUAUGUUAGAAAGAUUUGGAAAGAAACUAACUUUCGAAUGAUAUUUGUUUCAAAAUGA